AUCUUAAAUUUGUUCUUAAAAUAAUAAACCUCUAUUAAAAAUACUUCAAAUAAUUAGCCUACAGUUUACUUCCGAAUAAAUCUUUCCAGAUUACUUUACACUGUUGUUUGGUCUCCAAGCCCUCUUAUCCUUCUUUGUCCAGUCCAGUCCAUGUAAUAUCUUGACUGGUGGGAUCUUUAUUCUUUAGACUUGCAGCAGUGCGAGUGACAAAUUUGACCGAACGAAUUAUACUUGUUAUUAUUGGCAAGGAUGACCAAAUCCUGCUGAUUUUCUGAAAAAUAUUCCGAAUCCAUCAUACCACUUUACUCAAAGUAGUAUAGUUCUUCCGGAAAAUAAUAUAAAAAAACAUUUAACAUUUGCCCAAUCUCCCCCAUUGCUCUUUCUAUAAAUACGGCCAUCAACUUCCUCUCUUUCAAAACCAUAAAUUAGUGUCUCUUGUCGAUAUAUUCUUUUUCCCUCUCUCCUCAAAUUAGAAGUUGAUCAUAGAGCUAGCUAGUUCUUAAUGGAGAACAGCAGCUGCUCUCUUCCCUCUGAUGAAGUGCUGGCCAUUAUAGUGCCCAUUGCGGUCUACUGGGUCUACUCCGGCUUCCACAUGAUGCUCGGAUCCCUCGACAGGUAUCGUCUCCACCCGCGGAAAGACGAGGGCCUCAGGAACCUCGUCUCCAAGCGCAGCGUCGCCGUCACAGUUCUCUCCCAACAACUUCUUCAGGCCGCGGUGGGCAUCGUCCUAUUUAAGCUCACCGGCGGGGGAGACCAAAAGGAGGCCGGCGACGGUGCCCAUGUACAGACCGCCUCGUGGGUCGCGGUCGCGGGCCAAUUCUUCGUGGGGAUGUUCGUGGUCGACUCGUGGAUGUACUUCUGGCACCGGUACAUGCACCUCAACAGGUUCCUGUACAAGCACGUCCACUCGUGGCACCACCGCCUGGUGGUCCCCUACUCCUUCGGCAGCCAGUACAACCACCCGGUCGAGGGGUUCCUCAUGGACACCCUCGGCGGGGCCCUCGCCUUCCUGGUGUCGGGCAUGACCCCGAGGACGUCGAUAUUCUUCUUCUCGUUCUCGACGGUGAAGGGGAUAAACGACCACUGCGGGCUCUGGAUGCCCCUCAACCCCUUCAACGUCUUCUUCUGGAACAACACGGCGUACCACGACGUGCACCACCAGCUGUACGGGAGCAAGUACAACUUCUCCCAGCCCUUCUUCAUCACGUGGGACAAGAUCCUUGGGACCCACAUGCCCUUCACCGUCGAGAAGAGGGAGUCCGGCGGGCUCGAGGCCCGGCCCAUCAAGCCCAAGCGCGCUAAUUAAUUACUCAUGAGUGGUGAAUCACUAAGUAGAUGGAUCAAGGAGUCAUCUGAUAGAAGAAUAAUUCUGAUAUUUGAGAAUCGGUAUAGAACAUUGAGGUUUCCAACUUCAUGAUCAAUUCUUCCUCCAAGUGCUCCAGCAACAAGAAUGCACAG